AAACGCUCGUCAGCUCCACACGCUUAACAACCGCCUUCGCUGGCCUGCGCCAAACCGUUCACUGUUCUUAUUUUUCUUUCUCUGUAACAUUUGACCACCCAUUUCCUCCGCAUACCGCCCGCCAAUCCACAAUAGACACGUACCCCGCAAUGGCCGACGCUGGAGCGCAAGAAACCCCACAAGGACCGACAAGCCCGGCGAGACGAGGAGGGAGGGCGAGGGGACGUGGAAAAGGAGCACAUCCCGGUGCUGAGGACGGCCCAGAACACUCCGGCUCCCGAGGCCGUGGCAGAGGCGGCGCUUCAGGGGGCCGUGGACGAGGUCGUGGGAGAGGGGACGGCGGCGCAAAUAGUAGGGGAGGGCGAGCUGCGGCGGACAAGGGCAAAGCGCCUGCUGAGGAGGGCAACGAGCAGCACGGAUCGUUGCCCACAAUCGCGAGACCGCCUGUAGAGGAGGCAGUCGACGACGAUGCCGAAGUCUGCUUCAUUUGCGCCUCGCCCGUGCAGCAUACCGCCAUUGCACCCUGCAACCACAGAACGUGCCACAUUUGCUCGAUCCGAAUGCGCGCGUUGUACAAGACCAAAGCCUGCGCGCAUUGCAGAACCGAGUCUGAGCAUGUUAUACUGACUGACGCCCACGAGAUGUCGUACCAGGAGUUGUCUGCGGCGGAAUUCUUCAAGGUCGACGACAAUCUGGGGAUCAAGUUUGAGAAGGCCGAGAUCUUCGAGGAUGCGAGGCUUCUACUGCAGUACAAUUGCCCGGAUGGCGAGUGUGAUGUUGCGUGCUUGGGCUGGCCCGAUCUGCACCGUCAUACAAAGACGGCGCACGGCAAAGUUAUGUGCGACUUGUGUACAAGAAACAAGAAGGUCUUUACUCACGAGCACGAGCUUUUUACCUUUGCGGACCUGCGCAAGCACCAAAAAUUCGGCGAUGACAAUCCCGGCGCAAUCGACCAGAGCGGUUUCAAGGGACACCCCGAGUGUGGAUUCUGCCGCCAGCGCUUCUACGGAGACGACGAGCUUUACACACAUUGCCGGGACAAGCACGAGCGCUGCCACAUCUGUGAUCGCCAAGAGAACAGCAGACAACAGCAAUAUUUUGUAAACUAUGAUGCUCUUGAGCAGCACUUUAAGAAGGACCACUUUGUGUGCCCAGACCGAGAAUGUUUGGAGAAGAAGUUCGUGGUGUUCGAUUCAGAAAUGGACCUCAAGGCCCAUCAGAUUGAGCAGCAUCCAAACGGCCUGACCAAGGACGCUCUCAGAGACGCGAGAAGGGUGGACAUGUCUGGCUUUGGCAACUACCGCACUCCACACGAGCCAGAGCAUGGCAGACGAGACAACCAGAGACGAGAAGGCAACAGAGCCCGUGGGAGAGGCAGAGAUCCAAACGCCGAGGCAGUGCCUGCAUCAUCUGCACAGCCGCUUAGUAGAGCCGAGCUUGCGUUCCAACGGCAGAUGGAGGCUCAACAGUCUGGCGCAACUGGGCGCGCAUUUGGUGGCCAGCUCUCAGCCCCUACACCCGGAGAAGCUUUCGCAGCCCGACCCGCUCCCAGCUCAUCUGCGCCGCCUACACAGAGUGUUUCAAGACCGAGCCAACCAGCUGUGAAUAACGUCUCGAACAACAUGAGCCAGUUGAGUCUCAACUCGCAAGCUGCCGCACCGCAGACUCCCCAAGAUCAGGCGCGCCUCCUACGACACAAUGCAGUCACCGAACGAGCGUCGAAUCUGCUGCGUAACGACCAAGUCAAGCUGCAGCAGUUCCGAGCAGACAUUUCAGCGUAUCGAAGUGACAAGGUUUCACCAGCGCAGUUUAUCGAGGGGCUGUUCGCACUCUUCGACAGUGACUCCAAAGACUUGGGUAAACUGGUGAAGGAGCUGGCUGAUAUCUUUGAAAUCCCAGCCAAGCAGCAAGGACUGUUGAAGGCCUGGAGCGACUGGAAAGCAAUCAACGAGGACUAUCCAUCACUGCCCGGCUCGGCGACAGAACGCGCCUUGAAUGGCGGACUUGCUACCAGCGGAGGCUCAAGAGUGCUGAAGCUCAAAAGUUCAACGGCCCAAUCACAACGGUCACAGGCCAAUCGAAAAGCAAGCUGGUCAAAUACAUCUGCAGGCGGCGCGUUCCCCUCAUUGCCAGCGGCUGCCUCAUCAAGUCGCAGCGGUGGAAUCGGAGCUAAACCCGGCCAAACGCCGUGGAUGUCCUCAUCCUCCAAGCCCGCGCCUGCCCGCAGCACCGGGGUGUCACCUAUCCCCUCUCGCGUUGCAUCAUCAACCGGAUUAGCAAAAAAGAGCAACGCAGCGAUCGCAGACGCAUUCCCUGCUCUGCCCGCAGCCCCCAAGCCAACGAGCACCAUCUUCAGCCCCGGAUACACAGGUCUCGGUCUGCGACGGGACAACAGCGGCCGAAACACACCAGUGAAUGCGGCGUGGGGUGCACCCAGCGCCGGUGCCAGCGGAUCAACAACACCCGCGGUAGAAGAGGGUGCGGGAGGCAAGAAGAAGGGCAACAAGAACAAGAAGCAGACGCUCUUCCACUUCGGGUAGAGGUCUAGGUAGCGGGCUUCGAGAGCAAUCCCUGGAAUCGCAUCAACUGGCCAAGCGAUAGCACAGUAUUCAGCAAAAGCAACCACAGCGGUGGUGGGUUUCAAUGAUCGACAACGCUCUGGCGGCCUGAACUAUUGACACAAGCGGUUAAGCGUGUAUCGGAAAUGUAGAGUAGACUACACGUCACGAGCGUAGAAUGAACCAGUCGUGUCAAUUGUGAUCCAAUGUACGGCACUUGAAA